AUGAAACAUUGGUUUUUAACUGUUUUGCUGAUAGGAACACUUUCUAUUUUUGAAACCAAAUAUCAAGUAAGAGUACAAAGAGGAAAACUCGUGAAACAUGCAACUCAGAAAUAUGGUCUGAGAAGGUUUGAUCGACUUGUUGGAGGCCAACAUCAACAUGUAGCGGAUUUCCGUGAUUUCGCCUAUUUUGGAAAUAUAACACUGGGAACUCCAAUCGAGUCAACUGCUGAGCAAACUUUCCUGGUUGUUUUGGACACUGGAAGUUCAAAUGUUUGGGUUCCAGAUAACUCUUGUGGAAUUGAUGAUAAAAAAUCAGCAUGCACCUACAAAAAAAAGUAUUUCGGGACUGAUUCAAGUUCCUACGAAAAAGACGGAACACCAUUCAGUAUCAGUUAUGGAACUGGAAGUGCUUCUGGAUAUUUUGGAAAAGAUACACUAUGUUUCUCGGACACCACUCUCUGCAUAAAAUCUCAAAUCUUCGGUCAAGCAAAUAACAUUGCUCCAUUCUUUGCAAAUCAAGAAAUCGACGGAAUUUUAGGACUCGGUUUCACUGAUUUAGCAGUCCAUAGUGUACCUCCUCCAUUUGUGAAUGCAGUUGAGCAGGGUCUUGUUGAUGAACCAAUAUUCACAGUUUAUCUUGAACAUCAUGGAAUCAAAAAAGAGGCAAGCGGUGGAUAUUUCACUUAUGGUGGAGAAGAUCCUGAUCAUUGCGGGGAGAUUAUUACAUGGAUUCCGUUGACAAAAGCAGCAUAUUGGCAGUUUAGAAUGCAAGGAAUUGGAAUCGACAACGUCAAUGAACACAAAAAUGGUUGGGAAGUCAUCUCAGAUACCGGAACUUCUUUCAUUGGAGGCCCAGGAAAAGUUAUUCAGGAUAUUGCAAAUAAAUAUGGAGCAACUUAUGAUGAGUAUAGUGACUCCUACGUGAUACCAUGCUCUGAAAUUAAAAAUCUUCGUUCAUUGAAAAUGAAAAUCAACGAUCUCACGUUUGAAAUUGAUCCAAUCAAUUUGGUGGCUCAUCCUGACUCCAGCGAAUGUGAUUUGACUCUUUUCGAUAUGUAUGGUGGAGGUUUCGGACCAUCAUGGAUCCUUGGUGAUCCAUUUAUUCGUCAAUUCUGUAAUAUCCAUGACAUCAAGAAUAAACGGAUCGGGUUGGCUCAUUCGAAGCAACAAUGAGAUAUCGUCACUUUUUGAUCUGUUUUUUUUGUUGAAAAUUGCCCCUUUUGAACCCAACAUUUGUGCUAAAAAUUCCCAUUUUUCUGUAUGAAAGAAUUGAAUAAAAUAAUUAACAAAAA